CGGCCCCGCCUGGCCAUGAAGUCAUGCGGCCGCGGUGCCAUUGCGCGCAUAAAGCCCGAGCGCGGAGGGAGGCGCCGGGGAAUCGGCCGUGCCGGCUGGGGAGGCGGCGAGUUCGAGCCCCGAGGGCGGCGCUGUGCAGGCCGCUGCGGUCCCGCAGCUGCCUCUGCCGGCGCUCGGCGCCUUGCCAGGCUGGCGACCAUGGGCGAAGACGGGGCGGCCCCGCUGGAAGCCGGCGGCUCCUCCAGCCCGGUGCCGUCGGGGAGCCGCAGCCCCAGCUUGCACCCGGCCCCGGGGGGGUCCCCCGCAGAGGCCGGCGCGCCGGUGAACGCCAUCACGGUGCUGACCCUGCUGGACAAGCUGGUGCACAUGCUGGAGUCGGUGCAGGAGAAGCAGCAGCGCAUGGAGGGCCGGCAGCUGGAGCUGGAGGCGGCCGUCAAGGGCGUGCAGGGCGACCUGGGCAAGCUGUGCAAGAGCCACGCGUCCACGGCCAACACGGUGGCCAAGCUGCUGGAGAAGUCGCGCAAGGUCAGCGCGCACACCCGCGACGUGCGCGAGCGCCUGGACCGCCAGUGCGCCCAGGUCAAGCGGCUGGAGCACAACCACGCGCAGCUGCUGCGCCGCAACCACUUCAAGGUGCUCAUCUUCCAGGAAGAAAACGAGAUCCCUGCCAGCGUGUUUGUGAAAGAACCCGUUCCCAGUAUCACCGAGGGGAAGGAAGAGCCCGUGGACGAGAACAAAGCUUUGGAAGAAACCAUGCACACUGUGGAGCUGUCCUCGGAGGAUGAGGCGCCUCACAAUGAAGACGGCGCGGAGGACAGCCUGGACGAGAAAAUGGAGGAGUCGAGAGCCGAGAAAAUCAAGAGGUCGAGCCUCAAGAAGGUGGACAGCCUGAAGAAAGCGUUCUCCCGCCAGAACAUCGAGAAGAAGAUGAACAAGAUCGGCACCAAGAUCGUCUCCGCUGAACGGAGGGAGAAAAUUAAGAAGUCCUUCACCCCGAACCACCAGAAGUCCUCCUCUUCAAAAAGUUCCUCUUUCAAGGUCUCUCCCCUCACAUUCAACGUGAAGAAAAUGCGCGAAGGUGACGACCCCGCAGAAGCGGAAGAGAAGCCGGCAGAAGCGACCGGUGGAGAGCAGGCGGCAAACGACGAGGAGACCUCUUUCGCAGAGAUCCACUCCGACGUGAUCUCUCCCACUUCUCCAACUGAAGAAGGGAAAGCCUUUGCCGAUUCCCUGGAAAAAGAAACGAGGAACGAGGAAGAAGAAGCUAUGGUCAAUAACAACAUUGAGCUGGCUAUUGUCGAAGAAGAUGAGGACUAUGGGGCGUCCGGGCAGCGCAGAAGGGAGUAUUACGAAGAAGGAAACGCACCAGCUAGCAGGGAAAUGGAACGGUCGGAUGAAGAAUCAAACCAGGCCGCUGUGCUCCAGUUAGACCAAACAGCAUAGAUCCUCCGAGUCUUCCCAGAUGUUUCUAAAUCAAUACGAUGUGUCAUUUUUCUAAAUCACAUCAGUAACUAGGAUAUAUGUCCAUUACACAAUAACCAUGGAGCAAUAGUAAUCCAAGGCAGAGGGUUUCGAAAAACAAACAAAAAAUGUCGAUUUCCCCACCAGGCUCAUUUCUGAAAUUCCACUUGUAAUCCACAGAUGAGGAGUCUGUUGCAAACGUAACUUCCAUGCAAUUCUUUCUCCUUUAUUUCACAGGCAAUUCCCACAGAAAAUCACUUUCCAUUAUUAAUUGAGAAUUGCGACAGUUAAUGGUAACUGGGGGCAGGUUUAAAAGAACCCCCUGGAGGCAAUUCGUGGGCUAGUCUACUUUUGGA